AUGAGCCAGCGUGCUUCGUUGUUGAAACUCUCGACCCAGUUGUCAAACAAACUGGCAAAGUUGAACACUAACGACAGUCCUGAAUUAAGAGAGGAAAUUAACCAACUAUUGGUCACUUUCGAGAAAAACGCAAACAACCAACGUUUCAAAGAUGAGCUAUACAGACAUAAACAGGACUUCAAACGUAUCACAUCCCACUAUGACGCAAUUAUUGCCCGCAAUCAGUUGCUCAAUGAGAGCUUCCAAGAUGAUGAAGCCGAACAACAUUAUUCAACAACUAACGAGUCGGCUUAUUUGGAUGAACGCGUGCGUGUCCAAAACCAGCAUUCUAUAAUGGACCAACUGUUGACUCAAGUGGCAGAAACGAGGGACGAAAUGCUCAGACAGCGGAAAGUCUUGGAUGGCUUAGCAGGUCGAAUGGAAGGUAUCAUUUUGAAAAUGCCCGGUCUCAAUGUCUUGCUGACCAAAAUCGAUGCUAGACAUCGUCGACAGGCAAUUGUACUAACUACAGUCUCUUUGAUUUGCUUGAUCAUACUUUGGUUUACGUUGUAG